AUGGGACCUAGUCACUCCUCUGUUAUCAGUAAAAGCAUCUGGCAGGAUGUGGCGGAGACAGAGCAUACAAGUGAUCCUGUUGGAGUGGUAGAUACAGAGGAUGCUAAUCCAACUGAUCAGGAUUUGGUAGGGAUGUCAGUGUGUUCGGUUGAUGAAGCAUAUGACAUGUAUAAUGAUUAUGCUUUUAGAGUAGGUUUUAGUGUGAGGAGGGGUAAGCAAAGAUAUAAUUUUGCUAGAAAAACAAUGAAGACGAAGAUGUUCCAUUGUUCGAAGGAUGGAUUUAAAAGGAGUACAGGAAAAGGGUGUUAUUCUAAAAUUGAUGGUCGUACAGGUUGUGGUGCAUAUGUCCAAUUCGAUUUACAUGAGAAUGGGAUGUGGAUUGUUUCGAAGCAUGAGAAGUUGCAUAAUCAUGAAUUGGUUCCACCAAGCAAGAGUUACCUUCUAAGGUCACAUAGGAUGGUGUCUAGGAAUCAUAUAUCCUAUCUUACUAAUUUGAAGAGCAGUGGUGUGUCUGUUGCAGAUGGUGUAAGAUUCCUUAAAACACAAUCAGGGGGAUCACCACUUGUUGGGUUUACAAGUAGGGAUACAUAUAACUCUCUAUGUACCGAUGCAUUGAACAGAUUGGAUGGUACCGAUUCAAACACAUUGAUUGAAAUAUUUAAACGGGGGCAGUCAAGUGAAAGGGAUUUUUACUUUGAUUUUGAGGUGGAUUUGGAGUCAAGGUUGUGUAGUUUUUUUUGGAGGGAUGGACGAAUGAGGAGAGAUUAUGAUUUGUUUGGGGACUUGUUAGUGCAUGAUACAACAUAUCGUACUAACAAAUAUGACAUGAUUUGUGGACCUUUUGUUGGCAUGAAUCACCAUUGCAUGAAUGUUAUGUUUGGAUGCGGUUUUUUGAUGAAUGAGAAGAUUGAGUCAUUUGUAUGGUUGUUUAAGACAUUUUUGAGAUCUAUGGAUUACAAAAGUCCACAAAGCAUAAUGACUGAUCAAUGUGCUGCUAUGGCUGCUGCAAUUGUUCAAGUUUUUCCAAGUUCACGACAUCGGCUAUGUAUAUGGCAUAUUGGCGAGAACUCAAAGAAGCACAUUAAAGGGUUAAGAAAUCAAAAAGAUUUCCUAGAUAUAUUCAAUUGCUUGUUGAAGUAUACGGAUACAGAGGCAGAGUUUGAAUUUUACUGGACAAGGUACGUGUAUGAUGAUGGUUACAACAUAUAA